GGUCUGUUUACCCCUCUGAGGGAGUGUCUCUCUGUUUCGUCCUGAACGAGAAGCUGUAGAGGAGACGGACGAGUGACGAGAGACGAGAGAGAUCAUGGCUGUGAAUAAGUGCAUCAAGUAUCUGCUCUUCUUCUUCAACCUCCUGUUCUGGCUGAGUGGUUGCAUCAUUCUGGGCGUGUCCAUCUACCUGAAAGUCAAUCAGGGAGGAAACCAGAUCACUAGCGAGUCUCUUCCUGGCAUCGACCUGAUGAUCGCCAUCGGCGUCAUCAUCAUGUUGCUCGGGUUCCUGGGCUGCUGUGGAGCCAUCAGAGAGAACCGCUGCAUGCUGCUGCUGUUCUUCAUCUCCCUCCUCCUCAUCUUCAUCCUCCUGCUGGCAGCAGGAAUCCUGGGAGCUGUGGGCGAGUCAAAGGUGAAGGACUGGGUGAAGAAGCGUCUGGAGGAGUUCACUCCGAUCUCGAAACAACCACCAGAAGUGAAGGAAGAUGUGGAGAAGCUGCAGCGUCAGCUGAAAUGUUGUGGUCUCGUGAACGGACCGUCCGACUGGACCAAGGUUCCAGACUCGUGUCGCUGCAACAGAACAGAACCGGACUGCAAGUCGGACGCCAUCUACCAGGAGCCUUGUGGUGAUAAAAUCAUCAGUCUGAUGGAGCAACACAUGAAGGUCGUCCUGGGAAUCGCCUUCGCCAUCGCCGUCCUGCUGAUUUUCGGCAUGGCCUUCGCCAUGAUUCUCUACUGUCAGAUCGGCCGGAAGGACAGCGGCGCCACCACGACUAACGCCUGAGGCCCCGCCCUCGCAACGGCCAAUCAGCUGUGCCCAAAUGACCCGUGCAACAUCUACCUAACCUCAGUGCUUCUGUAAUUUCACCUGUGGUUUUAUUGUGAAGGAACACUUUGAGUUAUAAGCUAAUAUGUCAUUAUCUCUGUGGACUGUUUCUGGACAGUUCACAGUUUAGAUUUAUUGAUCAUGAUUAUGAAAUAAAUUAUUUAAAUGGUUCCUGGAGACGAAACAGGAAAUUAAUUAUUGAUCCACUGAAUCAGACGAUCUGAAAACUGAUCGUCGUGUUCCCUAAACGUGCAAAAGCUGCCACAUGAUUUUACAGAACACUUCUCCUGUCAACACUAAAGCUGAAACAACGUUUCCACUCACGAGGCCUCAAAGAACAAAACCCUGGAAAAUGUUAAAUGUCAAAAACUAAAAUCUUCAUGUUGUUUUAGGCUUAUUAAGUAUGGAAGCCCAUUACUGCCAUAAAGAAAUUAAAACAAGUUGUUGCAUUUAAUGAGAAAUUCAGUUUCUCGGUAAGUAAAUUUUUUUUAUACACACAUUGUGUCCAUUAAAAUGACCUUAAAAUGGUAUGUGUGUUAUGAUUGGCUUAAAUGUCGUUAUCAUUUUUUACAUUAUUGCAAUCACUUAUAUUUUUGGUUAUAUAUUGCUUGUGUGGGAAUGAGCUUUCUAGUUUUUUUUUUCAAGUUAUAGAACUGAUCUAUAAAAUCCAUUCCUUCGCAAAAAUAUAAAUAACAAAAAAAUAAUGCAAAAGUCACUCAUGUGUAUCAUAAAGACUUGUAUUUGUGCAAUGUGACUCUAUGGUGCAUUAAAAUAGUUACAUUUAUAUGUAUUAUGAUUAAAGAAAGUUACAUUUUUUUGGUAUAUGUUCUUUUUGCGCAGUAAUGGGCUUCCAUAGGGACACUGCUCUAACGGAUGGAAGUCGUGUUCUGCUGCUGUAAAAUAUUUUCAAAUCAUAUAAAAUAAUUCCUUUAAAAUCAAUAUCAUCAUAGAACAAUAAACCUUGAAUUUCACAUUUGUUAUCUCGUUACAGAAUAUUCCAUCUUGUCAAUGUUUUUGUUAUAAAAGUUACUGAGCGGUGGUUAAGUGUCGUGAAGCUAAACUUGAUUUAUUUCGUCUUUUUCCCUUUGCACUUUGAAUCGUGUCUCCAAAAUAAAAAUGAAAACAAAUGAGUUUACCCUUGAAUGUUUCCUGAGGACCGGUGAGGACCUCACACUGACCCCAGACCACCCGGUGAGUGUCGUCGACCUGCACGCUGUGAUGAGACAGAGGAUGCUGUUUGUUUGUGAUCUUGUCCUAAUGAACCCGUCGUGUUCCUGCUGCCGAUACUGAUGUUUAUCACUGUUCCAGAUGUUUAAAGACAAUAAAUGACGAAGGGAA